AUGACGGAAAGCACAGAGACCACGGCCGCGCCCGCGCCCGAGAAGACCCCGACCGAGAACGGCACAACGGAGACCCCGCCAGAGGAGACCCCAGAGAAGGCGACCGAAGAGAAGGAGAAGGAGACGACGCCGCCGCCGAAGGAGAUGCGCGCAGUCGUGCUCACCGGCUUCGGCGGUCUGAAGACCGUGAAGAUACUCAAGAAACCCGAGCCGACCGUCGGCGAAGGCGAGGUCCUCAUCCGCGUGAAAGCUUGUGGCCUCAACUUCCAAGACUUGAUUGUGCGUCAGGGUGCCAUCGACUCACCGCCGAAGACUCCUUUCAUCCUUGGAUUUGAAUGCGCUGGAGAGAUUGAGCAAGUCGGCGAGGGAGUCACCAAUUUUAAGGUUGGCGAUCAAGUUGUGGCCCUGCCGGAGUACAGGGCUUGGGCUGAGCUCGUCUCCGUCCCGGCCCAAUAUGUCUACGCUCUGCCCGAAGGAAUGUCCGCUCUCGAUGCGGUGGCGGUGACCACCAACUACGUGGUAGCUUACCUGUUGCUCUUCGAGAUGGCCAAUCUAACACCUGGCAAGAGUCUACUCGUCCACUCGGCCGGUGGUGGUGUAGGCCAAGCAGUCGCCCAGCUGGCGAAGACUGUGGAUAACGUAACCGUGUUCGGGGUCUGCUCCAAGUCGAAGCACGAAGCGCUGAAGUCUAACAAUAACAACAUUGACCACCUUCUGGAGAGGGGCAGUGACUACACCAACGAAGUCAGGAAGAUUUCCCCUGACGGUGUCGACAUUGUCUUGGAUUGCCUUUGCGGUGAAGAAUGCAACCGUGGCUACCAGCUCUUGAAGCCCAUGGGACGAUACAUACUUUAUGGCUCGUCCAACAUCGUGACCGGGGAGACCAAGAGCUUCUUCAGCGCAGCGCGUGCCUGGUGGCAAGUGGACAAGGUGUCCCCGAUCAAGUUGUUCGACGAGAACAAGAGCCUGGCGGGCUUGAACCUGCGCCACCUGCUGUUCCAGCACGGCCGCGCCGACUACGUGCGCCGCGCCGUCGACAACGUGUUCGCCCUCUGGGGCCAGGGCAAGGUCAAGCCCCUGGUCGACUCCACUUGGGCCCUCGAAGACGUUGGCGAGGCCAUGCAGAAGAUGCACGAUCGCAAGAACAUUGGCAAGCUGGUGCUCGAUCCGUCUCUGGAGCCGAAGCCGAAGCCGGCCACCCCCGCAAAGGGGAAGUCCGGAAAGGAGAAGAAGCCGGCCAAGGAGAGCUCUGAAGAGAAGAAAGAGAAGGAGACGAAGGAGGAGGAGAAGAAGCCGGCUGAGAACGAGUCGAAGGAGAAAGAGAAGGAGAAGGAAAAGGAGUCCAGU